AUGACGCACCUGCCGGCCCGCGCUUUCCGCAACCGAACCUCUCUCGUCUCGGCCGCCUUCUCGCGCAGCCUUGCCUCGAUCGGCAGUAGCGCCUUCUCCGGCUGCUCCGCCCUCUCCUCCAUCACCCUCCCCGCCGGCCUCGUCGCCAUCAACAACUACGUCUUCGAACGCUGCUCCGCCCUCACCUCCGUCGUUCUCCCCGCCGGCCUCACCUCCAUCGGCAGCUGGGCCUUCCUCGGCUGCUCCUCGCUCGUCUCCAUUACCUUUCCCGCCGGCCUCACCUCCAUCGGCGACGGCGCCUUCAGCCGCUGCUCCGCCCUCACCUCCAUCCACCUCCCCGCCGGCCUCACCUCCAUCGGCUUCCACGCCUUCGCCGGCUGUUCCUCCAUCGCCCGCGUCACCUUCCCUGCCAGCCUCACCUCCAUCGGCGGCUUCGCCUUCGACGGCUGCUUCGCCCUCGCCCACGUCACCGUGCCAACCACCGCCGAGCUGCUCAGCCAGGGCCUCUUCCGACACCCCACCACCGUCCUCCGCCUCCCGCCCGCAAGGAUGCGCUGCCUUGCCUCGAUCGGCAGUAGCGCCUUCUCCGGCUGCUCCGCCCUCUCCUCCAUCACCCUCCCCGCCGGCCUCGUCGCCAUCAACAACUACGUCUUCGAACGCUGCUCCGCCCUCACCUCCGUCGUUCUCCCCGCCGGCCUCACCUCCAUCGGCAGCUGGGCCUUCCUCGGCUGCUCCUCGCUCGUCUCCAUUACCUUUCCCGCCGGCCUCACCUCCAUCGGCGACGGCGCCUUCAGCCGCUGCUCCGCCCUCACCUCCAUCCACCUCCCCGCCGGCCUCACCUCCAUCGGCUUCCACGCCUUCGCCGGCUGUUCCUCCAUCGCCCGCGUCACCUUCCCUGCCAGCCUCACCUCCAUCGGCGGCUUCGCCUUCGACGGCUGCUUCGCCCUCGCCCACGUCACCGUGCCAACCACCGCCGAGCUGCUCAGCCAGGGCCUCUUCCGACACCCCACCACCGCGUUCCACAACCGCACCUCUCUCGUCUCGGUCGCCUUCCCGCGCAGCCUUGCCUCGAUCGGCAGCGGCGCCUUCGAGGGCUGCUCCUCGCUCUCCUCCAUCGACCUCCCUGCCGGCCUCACCUCCAUCGGCGACGGCGCCUUCAACCUCUGCUCCGCCCUCACCUCCGUCACCCUCCCCGCCGGCCUCACCUCCAUCGGCGACUCCGCCUUCGCCCGCUGCUCCGCCAUCACCUCCAUCGACCUCUCCGCCGCCGGCCUCACCUCCAUCAGCGAGGGCGUCUUCGCUGGCUGCUCUGCCCUCUCCUCCAUCGGCCUCCCCGCCGGCCUCACCUCCAUCGACACCAACGCCUUCUACGGCUGCUCUGCCCUCUCCCGCGUCACCUUCCCCGCCGGCCUCACCUCCAUCGGCAACAGCGCCUUCAACGGCUGCUCCUCCCUCAGCUCCGUCACCUUCCCCGCCGGCCUCACCUCCAUCGGCUACGGCGCCUUCGAGGGCUGCUCCGCCCUCGCCCGCGUCACCGUGCCAGACACUGCCACCACCAUCGGC